GGGGGGGGUGGGGUGGGGAAGGGGGAGGUGGGUAAAGGUGGGGAGGGGGAGGGUUGACUGAAUUGAGACAGUCCCGGUGUUUUCUUUUUGUCAUGCACUGAAAGGCUUGUUUUUUCUGGAGAUCCCCCCCCCCGAAGGAUUUCCUCAUUUUCCUCCCCCCUCCUCCCCACCCCCACCCCAUUCCCCCCCCCCCCCCCUCCCCGCCCUAAACAUCAUGGACAGAGUCUGGAAAGUGCCUGGGAUUGUCAGCACUGGCAUCCUCCUGCUCACUGCCUGCCGGAUCUGUACAAGUGCCUGCCCAGCUCUGUGUAUCUGUGCAGGGACUACUGUGGACUGCCACGGGCUAGGGUUGACAGCAGUGCCCAAGAAUAUCCCGAGGAGCGCCGAGAGACUGGAGCUCAAUGGAAACAAUAUCACACGGAUCAGCAAGAGUGACUUUGCAGGACUCCGGCACAUCAGGGUUCUACAACUCAUGGAGAAUCACAUCAGCACCAUUGACCGAGGGGCAUUUGAGGACAUGAAGGAGUUGGAGAGAUUGCGGCUGAAUCGGAAUCAGUUACAGACCUUGCCAGAAUUACUCUUUCAAAAGAACCCUACUCUCUACAGACUGGAUCUGAGCGAAAAUUUCAUCCAGGCUAUUCCCAGGAAGGCCUUCCGUGGAGCAACUGACCUCAAGAAUCUGCAACUUGAUAAAAACCAAAUUACUUGCAUUGAGGAAGGGGCGUUCCGAGCCCUCAGGAGCCUGGAGGUUCUGACCCUGAAUAACAACAAUAUCAGCAAUAUCCCUGUCUCCAGCUUUAACCACAUGCCAAAGCUUCGCACCUUUCGCCUGCACUCCAACCACCUCUACUGCGACUGCCACCUGUCCUGGCUCUCUCAAUGGCUCCGCCAACGCCCACAGAUCGGUCUCUUCACUCAGUGCACUGCUCCGCCUGACCUCCGAGGACUUAACGUGGCAGAGAUACAGAAGCACGAGUUCUCCUGCACAGGUCAUUCGGAUAGCUCUCGGACCCAGUCCUGCGGCCUGGCCUCUGGGUCAUGUCCGGCUGUGUGUACCUGCAGCAACAGCAUCGUCGACUGUCGUGGUAAAGGCCUGACCGCCAUUCCCGCUAACCUCCCCGAGACCAUCACUGAAAUACGUUUGGAACAGAAUGGAAUUAAAUCAGUUCCACCAGGAACAUUUACUCCAUAUAAGAAGCUCCGGCGUAUAGAUCUCAGCAACAACCAGAUCGCUGAGAUUGCACCUGAUGCUUUCCAGGGGCUGCGUUCACUUAAUUCUCUGGUCCUGUACGGAAACAAAAUCAACGAACUCCCGAAAGGAGUGUUUGACGGACUCUACGCGCUACAGCUCUUACUCCUGAACGCCAAUAAAAUCAACUGCAUUCGAGCCGAUGCUUUUCAAGAUCUGCAAAACCUCAGUCUCCUCUCGCUAUAUGACAACAAGAUCCAGACACUGGCUAAAGGGACUUUCACCUCACUCCGGGCCAUCCAGACUCUGCACCUAGCCCAAAACCCCUUCGUCUGUGACUGCCAUCUCAAGUGGCUUGCGGACUACCUCCGUUCUAAUCCGAUUGAGACCAGUGGGGCUCGCUGUGCCAGUCCGCGGCGCUUGGCAAACAAGAGGAUCGGGCAGAUCAAAAGCAAAAAGUUCCGCUGCUCAGCAAAAGAACAGUAUUUCAUCCCAGGUACUGAAGAUCACCGUCUGGGGAGUGAAUGCAAUGGAGACACAGUCUGCCCACCACAAUGCCGCUGUGAGUCCAACGUGGUAGACUGUUCCAACCAGAAACUGACCAAGGUCCCAGAGUUUAUCCCUCAGUCAACCCUGGAACUACGGUUGACUAACAACGAGAUUUCACAUUUGGAAGCCACUGGUCUGUUCCGGAAACUUCCACAGUUGAGAAAAAUAAACCUGAGUAAUAAUAAAAUUGUGGAAAUUGAGGAUGGAACAUUUGAAGGUGCCUCUUCAGUCAGUGAAUUGCAUCUUACAGCCAAUCAACUCGAUUCUAUAAGAAGCGGGAUGUUUCGGGGUCUUGAUGGAUUACGAACUUUGAUGUUGAGGAAUAAUCGCAUCAAUUGUAUCCACAAUGACAGCUUCACGGGACUGAGUGCCGUGCGCCUACUCUCACUCUAUGACAACCACAUCGCUACUAUUACACCAGCCGCUUUCGACACCCUGCACUCACUCUCUACUCUCAACCUCCUCGCAAACUCCUUCAACUGUAACUGCCAGCUGGCGUGGCUCGGAGAGUGGCUGAGGAAGAGGAAGAUUGUCAGCGGGAACCCACGAUGCCAGAAGCCUGACUUUCUGAGAGAGAUCCCCCUGCAGGAUGUGGCUUAUCAGGACUUCCGCUGCGAAGAAGGUUAUGAAGAGAGUAGCUGUGUCCCUCGUCCUCAGUGCCCUGCGGAGUGCACGUGCCUGGAGACUGUUGUCCGCUGUAGCAACAAACACCUGAAAUCUCUGCCAAAAGGCAUCCCAAAGAACGUGACCGAACUGUACCUAGAUGGUAACCAGUUCAGUUCAGUUCCCACCGUACUCUGCACCUUCAAACAUCUUCAGCUGGUGGACAUGAGCAACAAUAGGAUCAGUUCAUUGACCAACACCUCCUUCAUCAACAUGAGCCAGCUGACUACCCUGAUUCUCAGUUACAAUUCCUUGCGAUGUAUCCCAGCCUCAGCAUUCCAGGGUCUUCGCUCCCUCCGGCUCCUGUCACUACAUGGGAAUGACAUCUCCACACUUCCUAAGGGAAUCUUUGCUGAUGUGACUUCUUUAUCACAUCUUGCCAUUGGAGCUAACCCCCUCUACUGUGAUUGCAAUCUCCUCUGGCUUUCAGACUGGGUUAAAACUGGGUAUAAAGAGCCUGGCAUCGCCCGCUGUGCUGGACCAGGAGAUAUGGAGGGCAAGCUCCUCCUAACCACUCCCGCCAAGAGAUUUGAGUGUCACGGUCCAACUGAACUCAGCAUCUUGGCAAAGUGCAGCCCCUGCCUGUCAACCCCGUGUGAGAAUCACGGAACCUGCCAGGAUGACCACUUGGAUUAUUACAAAUGCAACUGUCCGUUUGGCUACAAGGGUAGGCACUGUGAGUUUCCAGUUAGUGCCUGCAUCCAUCAGCCUUGUGACAAUGGAGGGACAUGCCAUGUAAAGGAGGGAGACUCUCAGGCGUUCUGGUGUACGUGUCCAGAUGGUUUCCAGGGGAACACCUGUGCUAUCAAUAUUGAUGACUGUGAAGAAAACGCCUGCAGAAAUGGUGCCACCUGUUUGGAUGGAGUUAAUAACUACACCUGCCUGUGUCCCCCACAUCACACAGGUGACCUGUGUGAGGAGCUGGUUGACCAUUGUUCACCUGAAUUAAACCCUUGCCAGCGAGACCCCAAAUGUGCAGUUACUGCCGAGAGGCCCAGAUGUGAAUGUAAUUCUGGAUCUGUCAGAGAUAACUGCAGUGUUGCUGUUGACAAUUGUCAGGAUCACAAAUGUCAGGGAAACAGUGUCUGCAUCGAUGGAAUCGACGGGUAUACCUGUCUGUGCUCGGAAGGUUACAGUGGCCGUUUCUGUGAGCUUCCCUCCCAGGCUUCCUCAGACUCUGUCCAGUGCCAACUGCAGGAUUGCCUUAACGGUGGACAGUGUGUGAAUGUGGGCGCCCGCUCCCUUUGCCAGUGCCUCCCAGGCUUCGGAGGGUCGCGGUGUGACAAGCUGGUCAGCGUCAACUUUGUGGAUCGGGACUCCUACCUCCAGUUCACCGAGCUCAAAAACUGGCCCCGAGCAAACAUCUCGCUGCAGGUCUCGACUGCGGAAGAUAAUGGGAUCCUCCUCUACAACGGAGACAACGACCACAUCGCAGUUGAACUUUACCAGGGUCACGUGCGGGUCAGCUAUGAUCCUGGCAGUUACCCGAGCUCAGCUAUCUACAGCCUGGAGACGAUCAACGAUGGACACUUCCAUACGGUCGAGAUUGUGACCUUGGACCAGAUGGUUAAUCUCUCCAUUGAUGGUGGAACCCCCAAGAGCAUGGAGAGCUCUGUCAAGCAGUCAACACUCAACCGCGAGACACCCCUUUACAUUGGAGGGAUGCCCGUCGAUGUGAAUUCUGCGGCCUUCCGCCUCUGGCAGAUCCAGAAUGGGUCCAGCUUCCACGGGUGCAUCCAGAACCUCUACAUCAACAACGAGCUGCAGGAUUUCACCAAGACCCAGAUGAAGGUUGGUGUGGUGCCAGGCUGUGAACCCUGCAGGAAGAUCAUCUGCCUCCACGGUAUCUGUCAGCCCCAGGCAGACUCUGACCCUGUGUGCCACUGUGAGCCAGGCUGGUUGGGACCUCACUGUGACCAGCCACUCGGUGAUCCAUGCCUGGGACACAAGUGCGUGCACGGAAGCUGUGUGGCUCUGGACCUGGUGACUUACCGCUGUGAGUGUGAUGACGGACACAAGGGAGCGCUCUGCAACCAGCAGCAGGAGCUGUUUAACCCCUGCAAGAGGUUGCAAUGUGAACACGGUCAAUGUCAGAUCUCUGAGCUCGGAGAUGCCAAGUGUGAGUGUGAAGAUGGUUACACCGGAGAUCUCUGCAACCAAGAAACGGAGUGUCGAGGGCUGCCCGUGCGCGAUUAUUACCAGCUGCAGAGGGGCUACACCAUCUGCCAGAGCACUCGGCGAGUCUCCUGGGUGACGUGCCAGGGAUCGUGCUGGGCUCAGGGCUGCUGCACUGAGCUGAAGGCCAAGCGACGGAAAUACACCUUCGAGUGCAGCGAUGGCUCAUCCUUCACCGAGGAAGUGGAGAAAAGCACCAAGUGUGGCUGCACCCGGUGCCUGUAGCCCCCAUCAUCUUCCCCCACCCCCACCAGCCACCCAACACUGGAGUAUAUUAUAUACAAUAAAAACACAUACCCAGUCAGUCAACAACAUCGCAGGUCAGCAAGAUCGAAACAGGACGGUGACUUAUUCGUAUAAUUAAAAACUCGUUUGAAACAACCACAAAAAAUAAUUUUAAUUAAAAAAGGAAGAGCAUCAUCUGAUCCAGACUGGAGAUAGAAAUGUACAUUCAGAAGAACAGAAGCUGGCGAGAUACCUUGAUGGGAGUUGGACCACCAUCGGUGUGGGUCUGGAGCAACAGGCAGCAGCACCAGAAGGGGCAGUCUGGGGAGAGGGAGCAGACACAAUCCAAGAUGCUAACACUGUCUGUCUUGUCUACCUUACAUUGUUGUCUGAUGUUACGGGGAG